UUUAAAUGAGUGAAGAAGCUCUGAUCCCAGAUCUGUCAUAUUGACAAACUAGUUGAGUAGUGUGACAACACAAAAUGACAGGCGUCACUGUAACGUACCGAAGCUUCGGUUUCUGCAAUUACGUAAUUUGAAGCAAGCCUCGGGGCAAUACCACAGACGGAUCUUUGGCAGUACUUCGAAACCCGCCAUACGAAACAGCGGUGAUUUGAAAUCUCGACACCGUGCCGACAUGACAAAGUAAAAAUUCCUUUCGGGUCCAAACACCUGGAUGCGGCUAUAUGCAUCCCUGCAGAAGCCAGCGAUGUGCGAACCGCCGUAGUUCUUACACACGGAGCCGGGGGGGAUAUGAACUUCAGACACCUGGUUUUACUCGCUGAAGCACUGUCUUCGGCUGGCCUACUAUGCUUGCGAUUUACGUGCAAAGGACUAAACCUCGUUUACAGAGUUAGGGCUUAUAAUGCCAUUGUGGAAUAUAUACAAAACCUGAAGACGUUCACUUUCAAAAACAUUUUUCUUGGUGGCCGGUCAAUGGGAGCCAGGGCUGCUGCUGCCUUGGUAAAGCAGCUGAGUGAGGAGGCUGGUGACUCAGUGCAAGGCCUGAUCUGUCUGUCCUUCCCACUGCAUCCUCCUGGACAGAUGCAUGCCCACAGCAAGCGCAGUGAGCAUCUCCUGGGGCUGACCCAAACGCCUGUGCUUUUCGUCUCCGGAACCGAUGAUGACAUGUGCCAGAGGGAUCUACUGGAAGAUUUAAGAAAGAAGAUGAAAGUUCCAACUGCAGUUCACUGGAUAGAGGGAGGUAGCCAUGGACUAGCUGUGAAAGGGAGGCCAGAAGAGGAAGUACUGCAGGAAAUUAAAUCUGGUGUCACAGCAUGGAUCCUAGAACACAUUUAACUUCACGGUCUUCCUUCAAUUCAUGUUUUUUUUGUUGUUGUUUUUUUUAAACAUACAUUUUAUAAGCCAAUGUUUUUUGUUCAAAGAAAUAAAGUUAAUACUUUUA